AUGGAUCACCAAGUCUCCCGCCGAACCGAGAUCUUCACCAACCACCUCCUCUUCCGUGCACCGCCGCCUUCCUCCGUUGUGCAGCCCCACCGCUGCCUGAGCUACUCCCGUCCCGAGCUCUCCAACGAAUUCGCCUUCGACUUGAGGGAGAUGCGGAGGUUAAUGGACGGGCACAAUCUGGAGGACCGCGAUUGGCUCUUCUCCGUCAUCGUGCAGAGCGCACUCUUCAACCGCCGCGAGCGCGCCGGCAGAAUCUUCGUCUGCCCCGACUACAACCAGUCCAUGGAGCAGCAGCGCGAAGCCACCAUGAGGCGCAUCGAGUAUCUUGUGGAGAGAGGGGUUUUCCGAAGGUGGCUGACUGGCGAGGGCCCGGCGGAGGAGCUGAGGAAACUCGCGCUCCAUGAGGUUAUAGGGAUAGUGUUCAUCAAUUCGGAAAAGUUUCGUUUUGUGGUUUUAUACACAUUGUUCAUCAAUUUGUUGAAUUCUGUGGCUGAUGUUUCCCCAACUGGUGAAUAUUUGAGUGCCAUAAAAAAUGUUGAUCAGAGGUUUGCUGCUUUCUUAGCCCCUUUGACCAGUGGUCGGGUUAUUAUUGCUACUACUGCUGUUUACAUUUCCAAGAUUAGCUUGGCCAUUGCUAUAAGAUAUGCACUAACAAGGCGGGCAUUCUCCAUUACACCAAAUGGGCCUGAAGUUUUACUCCUUGAUUACCCUAGUCAUCAACGACGUCUGUUACCUUUACUUGCAAAAGUAUAUGCAAUGAGUUUUUCCGCAAAUGGCCUCAAAAUGAUGUAUGAGAAAAGAACACCGAAGUCAAACAAAGCAAUUCAUAUUAUUUCUAGUGCAUACAAGGCUACUUUUACUUGGAACAAUAUCCGUACUCUCCUUGAAUGUCGUGAAGCCUGCGGAGGCCAAGGAGUUAAAUCUGAAAAUCGUGUUGGUCUUUUCAUCGGUGAAUUUGAGAUGCAUUUUGAGGCGCUUUGCUGAAGAGAUCUCAGAAUACCAAUCUCGUGGAGAAAGCAAAGAGUCUGUCUUCAUUCUAAGUUAUCAGCUAGCAGAAGACUUGAGCAGAGCUUUCUCAGAACGAGCAAUACUGAAAACAUUCAUGGAUGCCGAGUCAACUUUACUAGCUGGUUCAUUGAAGGUAAAUCAUAUUAUUCCUUGCAGAAUAUUCUUGCUAUAAAAUAGUACUGGUAAAU